AUGCCUUUUAAGCUGAAAGCCAUAUCCAAUUUCGAUGUGACGAAAGAUGAACGCGAUGGAAAAGUUCGUGAUGUAUGUGAUCAUGCUGUUUGGAGUCUUUCUUCAUGCAAACCAGGUCAUGGUAUCGACCAAUUGUUGAGUGAAUCUACUGAUACAUUUUGGCAAUCAGAUGGUCCACAACCACAUUGUGUUAAUAUACAAUUUCCCCGAAAAAUGGUUCUUUCAAAAUUAUGUUUAUACACUGAUUACAAAGUUGAUGAAAGUUAUACACCUAGUAGGUUGGCCAUACGAGUUGGGAAUACUAUACACGAUCUUAUCGAACUUCUAGAGGUGGAACUACAGGAACCUACUGGGUGGUCAGUGAUUCCACUAAACUGGCCUGAUGGAUCUCCGUUACGAACCUUUCUUUUACAGAUUGCCAUUUCAGCUAACCAUCAAAAUGGUCGUGACACACAUCUGCGUGCCAUCCGACUUCAUAGUCCUGUGGAAUGUCGUGGCUUAGACACCUUAGCGCCUUUUGUCAGUCGCGAAGGUCGUGCUUUCAUGACUAUUCGUUAGUUUUUAUUGUUUCUUAUAACUAAGUUAUAUUGUCAACUGCACUUCAAAUCAUUUUCAGUCAUAGGUUAUUAGUAAUACCUAGUGACUUUGGUUAAUUUUGUGGUUUCGGCUGUCAUAUUUGUAUUGGUUUAGAGCAGAUGGUUUGUUGAAUAUUUUAUAUUUCGUGAAGAUUUAACCAUAUCGGCAAUAAUCUACGUUGGUUUAUGACUAUUUAACCAUUAUCGUGAAGUAAUUAAAUUUUUUCUUCCACCUUUCAUUUCUAAAAGUUAAAUCUUUUUUAUCUUCGUCUCAUUUAAUAGGAUAUGGACAAAUAUCCAUCAACACUUUCACGCCGAAAUUAUCUUAUGGAAAGUACAUUAACUUCAUCUACUAAGCUGGGUCUUUUAUCAGUUAGUGAUUUGAUCUUUCGUUGACGCAUUGUACAGGUUUUGGAAGUUUUUCUUUUUUGUUUUUUUCCCCUAUUUAAAAAAACAGCUAAUAUCCAACACACCUUUUGAGUCCUAAGUUAGUCGUUAAUUACCUUUUAUUCAAAGAUCUGUUAAAAGUAUCGGGUAUCACAUAUAACAAAGUUCGUCCCUUGCGAAUAAUUCGCUACCAGCUGUUAUGAUAUGUGGUCUGUCAAUUCGCACGCGAUAAGUUCGCCGAUCAGAACACGAUUCAUACAAUCUUAGUACUCUGCUAAACCAAUGGCGUGUUGACCAGUACGAGGAACCUAGAGUCAUUAUUAAACUGGACUUUACGUUAUCUUACAUGAAGAAAAACAAUAAAGAUACAGUUCAAGUGAUUUUGAUAAAGUGUCAAUAACACGCGUACACGUUACUCAGAUUGAUUAUGAGCAACCAACAUUCACUCCAGAGUGAGGAAUGACGGUUUCGAAGAUACUCAAAUAACACGUAACACGUAUGUAAGUGCCCUCAAACUAACUCAACCUCCAUACUGUAUCCAUAAUUCAAGUCUGUAUAAAUCCAUUGCAGUCUGACAGAUUUGUAGGGUAGGAUGUUUCACCAAUGAUACAUCCUAUCAGUCCUAUGGAAUUCAUGAAUACACAGGUUAAUCUAAUAGUCGGAUCUGUUUGAUGGGCCAACGUACUUAGACGAUAUAUCACCAACCAAACACAACCUAGUUAGUCUUUUAUACACCAUUUUGUCAAACAAAUGUUACAGUAUGUGAAUUCUGUUAUGACUUUCGUCCUGUUAAUUACCAUGUGACAAAAUCGCCAAUCCGAACACUGACUUAUAUUACCUUGUUCUUAUGCUAAACCAAUGACAUGUCAAAACAGCACUAGCAGACUUGUGUCAACUCUGAACUCCUGUUGGUCCUUCUUGCCUAGCACUGUCCGUUGAGUCCAGAAAGUAAUCUCAGCCUCCACUCUAUGAAUAAUAUAUUUCAGACGCACAUGGUUUAUGUACAGGUGAACCUAGCCACGUCUUGCCAUAAAACAAAGAACCAUUAUACAGGACCAAGUUAAGAAGUGGUUGUAACUAAUAAAUUUGGAACGAUUUAGGAAUAGUAAAUCGUACAAUAGUAGUAAACAAGUCAAACAGAAGUUUAUGACAAAAGAAAUGUAAACAUAUGUAGUCUAGUUACUUAACAGUUGUGCAAUAGGAAUGCAUAUAUAAUAAGAGUCUGUAAAUAGUUCCUGUAAGUUACCCAUACACUAUUUUUUUCGUAUAUGCCAGUAGCCUUCUGUCUUAUCGCUUUAAUAAACAUGUAACGAUGACGAAAUUCGCUCGGAAGAGAGCAAUGUCUGACAAUGAUGGUUCAGUCGAGUAAAUUUUCACGAUGCUUAGAAGUGGUGUGACCACGUUCCAUGAGUUGUGUACAUUUGAAACCUGAUUUACUUGGUGAUCUUAUUAUUGGUUAGAGAGACAGGAAUCAAACGAAACAACAAUUUUGGCCUAUAAAACACCGUUUAGAUACAUGCUUAUUAAUGACAAUUAUGUUAUAUUUCAAGAAGAAGACUUUAGAGUCCUGUAGCUGAGUAACUUCAGAUUUAAAUGCUGUUUGAAAUUUAGUCACUGACUUCCGGAAGUUGUCUAGCCUUAUGUGAUAAGCAAGCAUUAUAAUUUGCUUUUAGUCAUAGUUGAUUAGAAUAGCACUCAAUACUGUUUCAAUCAAUGUUGUAUCUGAAUCGAUUAAUAAACUUUUCCAGUCAGUUGUAUUCACUAGUUCAGUCGCAAAAAUGCAUCAGUGCAUAAAAGCCACUUAAUUAGUUCUCGAGUGUAUGUUCGUUGGUGCGGUCAUGGCACAGGUAGAUUCUGCCGUUUUUGUUGUCGAGUGCUGUCAUGUACUAUCAGUCAAGUUGUUAGAAUAAGGAAAAGCAUGGUGUUUUUGUGCAGGUGGAUUCAAAUCCUUUCAUGAUUUUCAUCCCUGUUUAUUAUACUCAUUAAUAUUAGGCUCCUGAUUCUAUUGUCAGUUAUUUUGAGCUCAGCAUGAAAUUUCUUUUCUAUGUAUAUGAAUAAAAUUUUAGUAUUCAGUUUGAUUAUUACUAUGAUUGUAACUUCCUAAUGUUUGUAACAGUUCUAUUUUCACGCGUUCAUUGAACUUCUGUUGAUUUGUAAUGUAUCCUAAUUUUGUAUUUCCAUUAUUCUCAUAUCACUUGUUGACAGUCAUUCUUUUUAAUAGCUGUUGAUAUCUGCUGUUUAGAUUAUCGCCUGUUAAUAACUUUUUCAUGACUAUCUUAAGAAUCUGUCUAAUUUCGAAUACAUUUGCGUGUACAAAUGCUGUAAACUACCUACAAACGAAAGUUUGUAAACAUUCCAGAUAUAUUUUCGUAGUAAUGGUAAAAUUGUAUGUAUCGAUUCCUCUGUUCCGACCUCUACGAUUUCAUCUGUAACCGGGUCGGUCGCUUAAUUUGUUCGAUCUGUUAAAUAUCCUGUGAAACCAAUCUUUUGUUUUAUAAAUUAUUUCUAUUUUACCGUAGUAAUUUAAAUAUAGCUUCUACGUUUA